UAACGGGUUUCAGACUACAGUUCCCAUUAGGCAUUGCUGCUAGGACCAGAAUUGCAUCGUCACCCGUGUAGCCGUGGAGGCCACAGACCGCACAGGCGGCGAAACGAAGACGAGCAGGUGGCACAGAAAGAACAACCUGGUUUACAUAUAUAUACGCUGGAUCAUGGAUCAGGGUAACAAUUCCGAGGAGGACUCCCUGGGCCCCUCGGAAGAUGAUUCGUUACCCAGGCUUCCCCCUGGUCUCUCGGACUCGGAAGCCAUGGUCAUGCUAUGGCAGCUGCGGGCCCAGCGCCGGCAGGCUUCGCCCACCCUCCCGGACACGGUGAGCCGACUCACGGCGCCCGACGGCAGCCUUGUGUACCUGGUGGGCACGGCGCACUUCAGCGACAGCAGUAAGAAGGACGUGGCCACGACUAUCAGGGCGGUGCAGCCCGACGUGGUGGUGGUGGAGCUGUGCCAGUACAGGGUGUCUAUGCUCAAGAUGGAUGAGAAGACGCUGCUCCGGGAGGCCAAAGACAUCAACUUGGAAAAGGUGCAGCAGGCCAUACGGCAGAACGGCGUCAUGUCAGGCCUGAUGCAGAUCUUGCUGCUCAAAGUGUCGGCCCACAUCACGGAGCAGUUGGGCAUGGCCCCCGGUGGCGAGUUCAGGGAGGCCUUUAAGGAGGCCAGCCGGGUGCCUUUCUGCAAGUUCCACCUGGGCGACCGGCCAAUCCCAGUGACCUUCAAGAGGGCCAUCGCCGCUCUCAGCCUUUGGCAGAAGGCGCGCCUGGCUUGGGGACUCUGCUUCCUGUCAGACCCAAUAAGCAAGGAGGAUGUGGAGAAGUGCAAGCAGAAGGACCUAUUGGAGCAGACCAUGUCAGAGAUGAUUGGGGAGUUCCCGGCCCUCCACCGCACCAUCGUGGCAGAGCGAGACGUCUACCUCACACACACCCUGCGGCACGCCGCGCGCUGUGUGGAGGCGCCCCCUAAUGCACAGAAGGUUCCUGCUGUGGUGGUCGGGGUCGUGGGUAUGGGCCACGUUCCGGGCAUCGAGAGGAACUGGGACAAGCAGCUCAACAUCAAGGAGAUAAUGAGUGUGGCGCCUCCAUCCCGGUUCAGCUGGGUGUUACGGACAGUGCUGAAAGGCACAGUACUGGGGAUUCUGGGAUAUGCCUGUUACCGGGCAGGCGGGGGAGUGGGCAGGGCAGUGCUCUCCAUGCCUGCUGUCCAGUCCCUACUGGGGGGGUCACGCCCACCGCCCGCCUGAUGACAGACACGGCACUGGACACCGCGUGGCCUUAAAUGCAGCAGGUGGGGGUUUGGAGAAACUGAUUGGCUAAGAGGCCCAGGUCCAGGGCCUGCCCUCGCUGAACCCUCCCCCAACUCUGCCGCCCAUCACUUCUGUAUGAAACGUUGACCGUACUGCCAAAGAGCCUAUUCUUCCUCCGGGAUUAUGCAAAUGGAGCCAGUGGUUUGUAGGGUCCACAUUUGUGACCUAGACGUCGGUGGCCUCCACAUUUUUUUAUGAUGGUCUCCCUCCCCCUUAAGCAGACUGAACCUCAACUCUGUCUAAACUCAGUCAGUGAAUUUAUACCACGGGACCAGAAUUCAGCGCCUCCUGCUGGCUCCGGACCGCGUCCCUAAUCGGCGACCACGUGGCCCGACGUGCCAAAUACCCGUCGGAGCCAUGAUGCUAGGACCUAAUCUGAGCUCAGCCCUUCUUGCUGCACCAGGAGUCAAAGUGCUUUGACGACCAGCAUCUCUCAGACCUGUUUAAUAGUGUCCUCCGUACAUCAACGCUGUCUAAAUCAAUGUGGUUUCAAAGUGCAGGUGGACCUGUCAUUGGCUAACGAUAGGUUGUAACUCUGCAGCUCAUGUUUUAAUUUGAUGUUAAAUUAUUAAAAUAUUACAAUGGCCAAUUCUGGAUGCGGCCCAAGGAUGACUCAUCCAAAGGUGUGUGUCAUUCGGGAAUGAGUUCUCCCAGUCUCCAGUUUUUAAACCACAGUGUGGAUGGUGAUUAUCUGUGUCCUUUCCAUUGCCAAACAUGUCAGCACUCUUUCCUUUCCCAGCAGAUGAAUUUCAUGGUUAACCACGGUCAGCAACAGUUUCUGUGAAGUGGCUGCUUCAGUGCUUUCUUUCUUUCUUUCUUUCGAGAUCAGUUUGCUUCAGAGGUGCACUGGAUGGUUGUCAAUAUCCCUACUGAUGCAAAUGUGACAAGUGCCUCAUAACUUGAUGACUUGGUUGGCUCCACCCUUCCAGGAUCUGUGUGUGGGGGGAUGGGUGGUGUAUCUGAGGACUGAACAGGGGAGCUCUGUGCUGCCACAGGCAAUCCAGGGUGAUAGAACCUGAAAAACAUAUGCAUUUAAUAUACUAUGCAUAGUCUCGACUGUGGGUGUGUGGCCGUCAUUACUGACCGAGUAUCAGCUUGUACUACUUGAAUAUAUACUAACUCUUUGUGAACAACUGAACUUAAGGUUUAAACUGUUCUGAGAGAACUGGCAGCUUGCAACCUUUUGCCCUAUCGAUUAACAGUAAGGAUCAGCAUUGAUUGUAUAGAAAAAAUUUGGAAAGUGCAUGAAGUGUGCUUGCAGGCAUGCAGCUUGAACCUGUCUAUUAUGAAGGUAUCUUAUGAACUGGUGGUAAAACGUUUUGGUUGCCCCAACCCUGCAUGCACUGUGGCCCAUAGGAGUGAUGUUUGAGGGGCUGUGCUAUUGAAAGUUAACCCGGGUCCUCACAUCUCCGCCAUCGUAUUCUGCGUUUGAUUGAGUUUACCAGAAACCGGCAAACAUUCGGCAUGCACAUGUAUAAAAAUACAAAAUUUUCUUUGGUUGUUUUUCAAAUACAAUGCAGAAAUCCCUAAAGUAAAAUCUGUAAUUGAUACAGGAUUGGUAAAUUCUGCCCAUUCUUGAAUGUGACAUCUCGUGUAUAGAAAUUGAUAGAAUGUUACCAUAAAGGGAGGGGACGAUGGGGAGGUAAAAUGCCUUAUUCAGAUUUAACAGCUGCCUUUUGAAUCUGGAAAUUGCCUCUGUUGUAGCCUUUGCUUGUCUGUCUGUCCAUCAAUUGCUGUACGCUUGUCUCAUUCUGCCAGUGCCCUUAUUUUGAUGUAGCUAC